AUGAAGGUCAGAAAAAAGAAUCUCUGUGACACUUGCCGCAAACGCAAACUCCAGUGCGACGGAAAACGUCCAUCAUGUACUCAAUGUGUUUUCAGUAAUCGAACAUGCGAAGGAUACCCGGACGCCCUAUUUGUACCCUUCGUUGCCACCAAAGCGGCAGUAAAGCCAAGAACUGCGCGUCCAAAAUCGGUAUCGCGGACAGCACAGUCGGUCUCGACGUAUGCGCGAUGUCCCUCCGCUGCUAAAUCGGGUUCGGUUCAGGAUAAAGAUUCACCUAUACCUUCCCGAAACGACACCAAUUUAUCUGGUGGUUCGCCUUCUCCAAAUCGAUCUUACACCCAGGGUCUUGCUACGAUACAAGAUAAAGUCGCGUUAAUCUUGCGCAACUUCAUUCCCUUACACGAGUUGGAGUUCAACUCGGCAGACGCGACUGAGCAAUGCUCGCGGUUCUGCGGCUCCUGGGCGAAAGCCCUACCCGAGCUGACCGCUGAUAUGACUGGCCCUUUUGCUCAAUGUUUAGAUUCAGCCGUCAGUGCUUUAGCACUAUCCAUAACCGCUUAUCGAAAUCGCCAGAAUCUCCUAGAUGCUAUAGUCGCGCAAUACGAGGAGAGUCUUCACCUCCUAGGGCAGAGUCUUGCGGCUGCAGGAAACACUUGCAACAGUAAAAUUGUAGCAGCAGUUAUGUGCUUGGCGCUCACAGAGGUAUUGUCACCCACUCAGGAGUCCAGUUGGCUAGUACAUGUUGAAGGUGUCAGCAACAUGGUACAUCUUAUGCCGCCCGGAUCCUUCGCAUCUGGUAUCGAGCACAUUAUGCUUAUGGGCUUCAGGCCACUUUUGAUACUAAGAGCCUUCAUACAUCGCAAGCCCACUUUUUUCGCGGACGAACCAUGGCUCACACUACCCUUCCAAUACCAUCAACCUGCUCCAUUGCAGAGUUUACUAGGUGCCGCUGCACACAUCCCUGGUGUUCUGGAAAAAGUCGAUGUUAUUCUACCUCGUUCCUGCGAUCGCGCGGCAGCGACUGCUGAUCAACUCAUCACAGAGCUAUUGGCGAGCAUAUUACGCCUCAAGACGUGGCAUAACUCGUUCUUGGCAAGUACUCCGGAGGUACUAUACUGUUCUCGAAACGUAGAACACGAUUUUGGUGGUACUUUCGAAUCGCUAUGGUACCCAAGUCUCGGUAUCGCCAACAUGUUUGUCUACUUUUGGGCUUUCCAGCUUCUUUGUCUUAAUGAGAUUCGAGAUUUGUUGGACCGGUUCCCACAUUUGAAGCAUACGGUGCAUGAUGGCGCAGCAUACAGCGCAGAGGCUUUCCGAGAAGAGUGCCUUGAGCUUAGCACCUGCAUAUACAAGAGUAUGGAAUAUUUGUUACGGACAGAUUUUAUGUUGUAUGGAAUCUCGUCAGCAGGGUUUCCGUUGAGCAUAGCAUACAAGACGCUCCAGUCGGACGCUGAAGGUCAAGCAAUUCUGGAAUCACUCGACCACUCGAUCAUCACUCGGUGCAAAAUCAGGGGUGUGGGAGAUUGUGCAGACGGCCUUUGCUUAUGA